AUGGAUUCACGUUCCACACGGUACCGAUCACUCGACGCAAAGGCUGUUGAGCCACCUCUCAGAGUUAGGGAAAGGCACAACUCGGCCCCCACUGUUGAUCGACGCAAAGACCAGCACCACCAAAGGCGUCCAUCAGCCGUUGUCAAACCCUCUGAUACCAGCCACCGAAGCUCUAAACCUCAUGCUCGGGUCGACUCAUUGACUUCUCCAGACCGUGGCACAAACACCCGGCGCUCAGAUCGUCACCCACCUUCUGGCUAUUCCCUCGAGGCGAAGCUACCGAACAAGGCGAGUGAAUCAGAGUCGACCUCAUCCAUUAACUUGCUGGUGCUUGGUUCUCGCAACUCUGGUAAAACCAGCUUCAUUCGAAACGCCAUUGGGAAAGAGCGGACUCGAACCUCGAUUGAAGUGCGGAUUAGAGACAGGUGCUAUCAAAUUCAACUCUUUGAGCUGCUCUUCGAGGAUGUCGACUUCAGCAGCGAGCGGAGAAUCGAAUGGCCACCAUACAUAAAUGGGGUUCCUCUACCCGAAAUUGACGGUGUCUUUUGCCUUUACGACGUCUCUGACAAGGAAAGCGUCGCCGACGUCCCGGCCGCAUUGAGUAAGUUCCCACUCACAAUCUUCCUGCCGCUGGUCUCAAACAAUCAUAUCCCUCCCAAGGAAGCUGGGCCUCCCGCUAACGACGUUACUGAAGCCUCCAUGACCAAUACUGGCGUGCCUUGUAUGCUUGUUGCUGCCAAAUGCGACGUCGACGACGAUUCCCGCCAGAUCAGCCCACGCUUCCACGAGACUGUCCGCCGUAAUCUUGCCAAGGUCGCCAUUGCCGAAAUUUCCAUAAGGUCUCCUGAGAACACCAAGCAGUGUUUCCUUGCAAUGAUUCAUCGAGUCAUUGCCUCUCCGCGAGGCAGCCAGCGCGUUGUCUCAAGGGAUCCCUCGCCGAAAGCAGCUCGAAGCAGGAGCCGAUCGAACAGCCGAUUACAAGUAUCAAAGUCUAAGGAACUACUGCUGAACCUUUCGGUGCGACAAGCACUCAUUGAGUCUGAGAACGAAUAUAGUCAAUCUUCGGAAACGGAGGAUGUGGCUCCGGCCGGUCGUAAGGCCAAACUCAAGUUGGAUACAACAGCUGUUCCUCAGUCCCAGCGCCGUCCGGCCGAGCCUCAUACACCUAUGUCUUCCGGGGACUACACCGGCAAAUUGACAUCCCCUCUCGAGACCUCGACAACAGCAGUUCCCGAAACGCCCGACUCCUAUUAUGUAAAAUCAAUGCUUCGUCCUGAGUCAGCAUCCACCAUUGACAGCCGGGCAUAUCAGACUUUCCUUAAUAUGGACGAAGACUCUCAUGAGCUUUCCCCUCGGACUGAAGUGGAAGCUUUGGGCUCUUCUUUGGGCGCUCUCAAAGUUGACGAGGGUUCGCCAAACAUCGAGCGCGGGGUUCCGUUUCAAGAAUUGGUUGACAAGCUCCUCCUGCUACCCACGAACAAGACAGAUUCUAAAUUUGUCCCGUCCUUUUUGUGUCUGUACCGUGCUUUUGCAACCCCACAAAUGUUGCUGACCGCUAUCAUUGACCAGUUCAUGAAGGUGGAAAAAAGUAAAAUGGUUCACUUCACCAAGGUCGCAGAGAUGCUUCGCUACCUACAGGUAUUGGCUCAAUGGACUGCCACGUAUCCCGGAGAUUUUUCUCCUGGCCCUGCUCGUGAUAUCGCUAUCCCUUUUGUGCAAAGUAUCGAGAAGAGCAAAGUGUUCGCACCUGCUGCUAGAGAGAUAAGCAACAACCUGGACACCAUCAUUCCCGAUGAAGAUUUGGAUUGGGCCUUUAAUGAUUCUACCUCAGCAUCGGGUAAAAAAAGUGGCGGAGGCAGUCAUAAAGCAGGGACGUCGAGUUCGUCAUCAACCCUGGUUCCAUCGCCGAGCACUGAAAAUAUGGCAAAAUUGGGUCGCAAGGGACGGCGGGAAGAAGAUGAGAAUUGCGACAAUCUUGACGGGACGACUUUGUCUGCACGUGGAUCCAAUGUGCCUUCAAUGUCAUCCAGCAUGAUGAGAUCAAGUAAUCCCUCCAGUCAGUCAUACGCAAACUUUCUCCAGCUGGAAAAUGCGAAGCUGGAAGCCGAAAGAUUCAGGCCAGUGCCUCGAUUUCGCCUCACCAAGUUCCAAUGGCAUCUAUUCAUGGAAAGCACCCUCGACGACCUUGCCAGGGAAAUUACACGGAUCGAUUGGACUGUGUACUCGGCGAUCAGACCCCGGGAUUUUGUUCGGCAUGUCUCUAUUUCUACCUCUCAGAAAAGGAAGUCCAGCUCCGGUGAUAACAUCGGCGCCAUGGUGAAGAAUUUCAAUCAUCUGGCCUUGUUUGUUUCUGGCAUGAUCCUACUUCGAGACAAGCCAAAGCACCGAGCGAGAGCUUUGGAAAAGUUUAUGGCACUAGCAUGGAAAGUGAGGCAACUGAAUAAUUACAAUUCCCUCGGCGCUAUCGUGGCAGGCAUCACUGGUCAUGAGAUUGCUCGAUUGGGGGCAACUCGAGAUCUGAUCCCUCCGGAGGUGCAGAAGCAAUUUCUGAGGUUGACCAUUCUCAUGGGCAUAUCGAGAUCUCAUGCCGCAUAUCGCAUGGCUUGGGACAAUUCUCCAGGGGAACGAAUCCCGUUUCUCCCCCUUGUGCGACAAGAUCUUACGAUGGCUGCUUCGGCAAACCAGACAUUUAUCGGCACGAACAUCAACUGGAAGAAAUUUGAAAUCAUGGGAGAUGUCAUUGUUGGCAUUCAACGCAGUUUGGAAAACCCCUACAGCUUCCCCCAAAGGUCUGUUCGAACUGACGAGAUCAUCAAGUUGAUCUUGGAAACCAAGAUCGUUGAGGAGUCAGAGGUGAGAUAG